ACAUGCAAACGCAAAUUCGUGUUGGAACCUCAAUGCUGUGUUGAAAACGCCUGAAUGUGCACCUGCCCUCUUUAAUCUAUUAAUUUCAUGUAACCAGAGUGCUGUGCUUUGUGUCUCGUGGAGUCCGAAGUGUAUCUGGCCCAUCCACCACCCUGUGUUCAGGAUCUCUAGUGUUGGAGUCAGGAUGGCAGCAACUAUAAUUCCUCUAAUAUAUGUUCAGUCUUCUCUGUAUCCACUGUCUCCUGAGGAAGGACAAAUGGGGAAAGAAGGGCUAGCUACUGAGGUCUUGACAAGUGUGUUACAGGAAUUGGUGUCCUUUGAAGAUGUGACUGUACAGUUCACACAGGAGGAGUGGGCUCUGCUGGAUACUUCACAAAGAACUUUGUACAGGACCGUAAUGCUGGAAAACUGGAAGAACCUGGCCUCACUAGGUCAGCAUCUUGAUAAACCAAUCCUGAUAUCCCAGUUUGAACAAGACAAGGCUGUAACAGAGGGCAGAGAAAUUAUUCCAGGCAUUCAUCCAGAUUUGGAGACUGUACUUAAAGCCAAAUGGCUAACUCCUAAGAAUGAUAUUUUUAGAAAAGAACAUGCUUACAGUGGAAAAACAGUACAACUGGAGGUAGGAGGUAAUCAUGGAAUGAAAGUCAAUGAAUGCAACCAAUGUUUUAAAGUCUUCAGCACAAAAUCUAACCUUACUCAGCACAAGAGAAUUCAUACUGGAGAAAAACCAUAUGACUGUACUCAGUGUGGAAAAUCCUUCCGCAGCAAAUCUUAUCUUACUGUUCACCGAAGAAUCCAUAAUGGGGAAAAACCUUUUGAAUGCACUCACUGUGGGAAAGCAUUUAGCGAUCCCUCAUCCCUCAGACUUCAUGUAAGAAUUCACACUGGAGAAAAGCCCUAUGAAUGCAACGAGUGUUUUCAUGUCUUUCGUACCAGUUGUAACCUCAAAAGCCACAAAAGAAUUCACACAGGGGGUGAAAAUCACCAUGAAUGUACUCAGUGUGGAAAGGCCUUCAGUACAAGGUCCUCACUCACUGGACAUAAUAGCAUUCAUACUGGAGAAAAACCAUUUGAGUGCCAGGAUUGUGGGAAAACCUUCAGGAAGAGCUCAUAUCUAACCCAGCACUUAAGAACUCACACUGGAGAGAAGCCCUAUGAAUGCAAUGAGUGUGGAAAAUCCUUCAGCAGCAGUUUUUCUUUAACUGUACACAAGAGAAUACAUACUGGAGAGAAACCAUAUGAAUGCAGUCACUGUGGAAAAGCUUUUAAUAAUCUCUCAGCUGUAAAGAAGCACUUAAUGACUCAUACUGGACUAAAGCCCUAUGGAUGUAACCAUUGUGGAAAAUCUUUCACCAGUAACUCCUACCUCUCUGUGCACAAAAAAGUACAUAAUAGGUGGAUAUGAAUUGUGGUGAGAAAUUUCUAAGGGAAUUUCCAUGCAAAAGUUUCUAAGAUAAUUUGAGAGAAUUUGCAUCAGGUGUAUAUAUUAUCUAUUGCUCUUUAGACAAAUACCUCACACUUUGUAGGUCAGGAAUAUGAAGGCACCUUAGUUCUAUAGUCUCAGGACUUCCCAUGAGUUUACAUUCAAGACAUCAAGCAGAGCUACAGUCUUCUAAACUUGUUAUUGAAGGAACCAUUUCUAGGAUGUCUCACACAUAUGCCUAGUGAUUUUUCUACUGGUUAUUGACAGGAAACCAUCAGUGCCUCACCAUGUAGGUCUUUCUGUGCGAUUAUGUUUCUCUGUAAUAUGGCAAAAGAACAACCUCCAAGUAAGUGUUCCAAGAGAUCCAAUUAAAAAAUGAAAUAUCAUUUAUGACCUUGGCUCCAGAAGGUUCGGUUUCACUUCUCCCCUGUUAUACUCUCAAUCAUAGACCAACCUUGAUGCUGUGUGAGAGAGAACUACAGAAUACAUGAGGGCCAGGAGAUAGCUCCCUGAGAGCCAU